AUGACCACUUCAGUUUAUCAUCCACAGUUUGAGGAAACCUACAUUUAUUAUCAGUAUAUGGAAACUAAUGAACCUUUACGAGGUGGUUUAGUUGAUAUGUGGCUUGACCCAACAUUACCAAAACACUACAAUGAUAUGUUAUGGAACAUGAAACUUAGGAUCGACGACCUUUUGGUUAGGAAUGGUCAAGUUGUUGAGCUGCAGAAGAAGGUGGAGAAGCACAAGCUGCUUAGGAAAGCUGAGAAGGAACUUGCUGAAGCUAGGAUCCAAGAACUACUCAUUGAGAUUGAAAGGUUGAAUAAGAUGUUAAAAAAAGGUUGUUUUGAUUGCUCCGGUCUACUUGUUGUUUGUGGUCAUGUACUUUGA